AUGGUGAUGGGGCUCUUCAUUCUGCACUGGGACACGCCCAUUGUCAAAGCCAACAACAGGAGCAUCACCUGCACCCUCCUCACCUCUCUCUUACUUGGCUUCCUUUCCUCUCUUCUAUUUAUGGGUCAGCCUGGGAAGGUGACUUGCCUUCUGAGACAAACAGUGUUUGGCAUCACCUCCUGUCUCUCGGUUUCCUGUGUGUUGGCCAAAACCAUCACUGUGGUUCUGGUCUUCAUGCCUACCCAGCCUGGAAACAGCAUCCUGAAAUGGGCAGGGAAGAGGCUGGCAACAUCUGUCAUCGUUCUUGGUUGUCUCAUUCAAACUUCCAUUUGCACUGUGUGGAUCAUCAUCUCUCCCCCUUUCCCAGAGCUUGACCUGCACUCCCAGAUCAGUCAGAUUACAGUGCAAUGCAAUGAAGGCUCAGAGAUCAUGUUCUAUGUUGUCCUGGGCUACAUGGGCCUUCUGGCCGUCAUCAGCUUCAUUGUGGCAUACCUAGCCAGAAGGUUGCCUGACAGUUUCAAUGAAGCCAAGCUGAUCACCUUUAGCAUGCUGUUGUUCUGCACUGUGUGGGUGUCCUUCAUCCCAGCCUACUUGAGCACCAAGGGGAGAUACAUGGUGGCCGUGGAGAUCUUCUCCAUCUUGGCCUCUGGUGCUGGUUUGCUGGGUUGCAUUUUCCUCCCCAAAUGCUACAUUAUUGUAUUGAGACCUCAGUUGAACACCAAGGAGAAACUAGUUCGGAAAAAGAAUGGUCUCACUUAG